UCUUAAGACCGACCGCACUUCAGAUUCGAUGAAAUACGGUACCUCCUACGGGAGAUGGUGGGCCCCGCCCACCCGAACCCAGACCCUUUCCACGCUGGCGCGGAGCCGCCUUGGGCUCCCGGCCCCGCCCCCUGGGGGGGCUCCUCCCCCACCCCGCGCAGGCGCGGAGCCUACUAACCGGCUCUUGCCCUUGAGACGCGCGGAUGCUGAGAUGGCGGAUUCCGAGCUGCAGCUGGUGGCGCGGCGGAUCCGCAGCUUCCCCGACUUCCCCGUCCCCGGCGUGCUGUUCAGGGACAUUUCACCCGUCCUGAAGGACCCCGACUCCUUCCGCGCCUCCAUCAGCCUCCUGGCUAAUCACCUGAAAAAGGCCCACGGCGGCAGGAUCGACUACAUCGCGGGCCUAGACUCCCGUGGCUUCCUGUUUGGUCCCUCCCUGGCCCAGGAGCUGGGCUUGGGCUGCAUUCUCAUCCGGAAGCGAGGGAAGCUGCCAGGCCCCACUGUGUGUGCCUCAUACACACUGGAAUACGGGAAGGCUGAGCUGGAGAUCCAGAGGGACGCCCUGGAGCCAGGGCAGAAGGUGGUGGUGGUAGAUGACCUGCUGGCCACCGGUGGAACCAUGCGUGCAGCCUGUGAGCUGCUGGCCCAGCUGCAGGCCCAGGUGCUGGAGUGCGUGAGCCUGGUGGAGCUGACCUCUCUGAAGGGCAGGGAGAAGCUGGGGACUGUGCCCUUCUUCUCUCUCCUGCAGUACGAGUGACCCUGGCCCCAGCCCCCCACCAACUGGAAGAGAAGAGGAUCAGCCGUUGGGGCAGGGCGGGGCGGGACUUGGGCGCGGGGCUGCUGCCUGGGGGGCCUGCUGGGGCUUCUGGAAGCCCCAAGGCCUGGAGCUGCAGGCUCACUGACAGUGGAAUGAGAAUGAAAAUAAACAGCUGACUUUCUAGA